AUGGCGCUAAUGGGGAUCCAGUUGGUGGUCAGCUUGCUGGCUGCCAGUAUCAUGCAGAAGAUGGCUCCGCACUGUUCAUUUGCUCGAUGGCUUCUCUGUAACGGAAGCUUGUUCCGGUUCAGACACCCUUCAGAGGGAGAGUUGUGUGCUCUGGCAGGGAAGCAGCUGCCCAAACCCAACAGGAGAGACAGGAGGCAGAAUGGGGAGAACAAACCACUGACUGUGCCAAAAGAUAUCGACCUUUACCUGCAUCAGGCCCCAGUCAACGUUAUGGAUGCCCUUGUGUUGCGCUUCUUCCUGGAGUACCAGUGGCUUGUCGACUUUGCUGUUUAUGCAACAGGAGUGUUUAUGUUCACCGAGUGCUACUACAGUGUUGUCGAUGCCAGCAAAGAGGUCAACAUUGGGGCCAUCUGGUGUGUUCUGAUAGUUCUGUUUGGCCUAAAAACACUUCACACAUUAAUGAGUCACUACUUUAAUUCAGAGGAGGGAGGUGAGCGCUCCGUGUGCCUUGCUUUUGGUUUUCUGUCUCUGCUGGUGGCCAUGUUGGUUCUGGUGGUCAGGGAAGAUUACCUGGAGUUUGGACUGGAGCCAGGAUUCAACAGCCUCUUUGAUAACAUGGAAGCCUUUCUGAAGCAUCAGGGUUAUUCAGAUUGGUCAAUCCCAGUAACUAGGCUGACCCUGAAGCUUGCGCUGGCUGUGGUAUGUGCCUACAUUGGAUCUCUCUUGGCUUUCCCUGGACUAAGACUGGCUCAGACCCAUCUUGAUGCAGUCCAGAUGAACUCUGAUCGACCACUUAUUCAGAUUCUGCUGCACAUGAGUUUCAUGUCACCAAUCAUUGUGUUGAUCCUGUGGGUGAAGCCAAUUGCAAGAGACUUUUUGGCGAAUGCACCAAUGGGAAAGACUUCAGUUACAAUAGUGCCCAGUUCUGCCUUUGACAGUAUGCGUUUGGGGAUCAUCGUGUUUCUGUGCUUGCUGCGUUUGGCCGUCACGCGGUAUCACCUCCAAGCCUACCUCAACCUGGCACAGAAGUGGGUGCAACAAAUGAAGAAGGAAGCGGGACGUAUUGCUGCUAUUGACAUUCAGAGGAAGGUCACCCGAGUGUUUUGCUACCUGACAGUCGUGACUCUCCAGUAUCUGAUUCCUAUUUUUCUGAUUCUCUUCACCACUCUGGCUCUAAAGUCAUUGGGGGACUUCUCGUGGAUCCCUGGAGAAGAACAGCCCCCUGGUGUGACCCCAGCUCUGGUCUUGCCCACCGCAGCCCCUGCUGUCUCUGGGGUCCUGGAGGAAGAUGAGGAGGGGGUGGACUAUAUGGAGGAGGACAUCCAGGCCACAGUAGCCCGUUUGUCGGAAAGCUUCAGUGCUCUUAGAUCUGUGCUGACGCCGCUGUUUUUCAGAGGCUUCUUUGCGUUCCUCACCUGGUGGGUCGCGGCCUGUCAGGUCAUCAGCUCCCUCUUUGGCAUCUACUUCCACCAGUACCUUAUGCACAGCUAA